AUGAGAUAGAGAGAGAAAGGAGGAGAGGGGAGAGUGUCAUGAAUACCAGCCAGCCUGGAAGUUCUAGUUCUUCUACAGUGAGCACUCUACCAUCUUCUGACAGAAGCGAUGACCUUGUGAUAUUAGCCGCUGUCCUUGUAAUAGUUCUACUCACUGUAGCAGCUAUUGGACUAACAAUACUCAUUUACUGUGCAGUGAAGAGGAGGCAUAUGAUCCAACAGGGCAAAAGAGUUCCCUAUCGUCCCGUACCGACCAAAGACUCCAUCGAUAAUUUGAAUAAAGCUUUCGGCGGUGGUGGCAGCACCAAGCGACUCCCAUUCCCUCCUAGUCUGGAUCGCUUUGAUACCAGCAGCAUACAACCUUUCACAACAGCAUCACAGAUCAGCCAGCCUGAAAUCAGCAGUCCUAAAUUCCGUGAGCGUUACCCGUUCAUACCCAAUCCAAUGUCACAACCAAAACCAUAUGAGCCUGCAUCUUCUGCUAGAGAAGACACAGGGAGACAGCAGCAUAAGAAAAGAAAAGGACAUAGACGUGGGGGACGUGUGAUACGACGUGGUGAGACGUUUGAUUCUGAGAAUUCAGCAGGUGCUACAAGCGAAGGAGAACUCCGUGACCCAUCGCCACUUCCUUCCCAUCGUACCGGGUCACCGGCGGCCUAUGUCCUCCCUGCUCCUCCGACCAGCACCGUAGCAUCACCAAACAGCGGCAAGACUCCGGAAGUCUUCUUCACCGUUCGGUACGAUAUCACCGUCAGUGCUGACCUCAUCAUUAAAAUACUAAAAGUUGACUCGCUCCCUUUUCGUGACGAUGGUAACGAAGUUGAUGCUUACGUCCGAGUUUAUUUCACACCCACAAACCCUGAGAGAAGGAGCCCUAGACGAACCUCAAAGACCCGCACAGAGAGACGAAGCUCUGCUCCGAUAUUUGAGGAAGAGAUAAAAUAUAGUAACGUGAGCCAGGAGGAACUGCUGGACACUAUACUGCAUGUCGAAGCAUUGGAUUAUAAAGCUUUUGGUAAACACGUCCUCUUAGGUAAAGCCGAACUAGCUCUGAAGCAAUUGGACUUUAUCAAUGGUGAAGUGAACGCCUCGUUACCACUUACACCUCCAGACCAGCAGGAGAGUAAAGGGACUAUACUGCUGUCAAUGUGUUUUGAUCCUGACAAUAGAAAGCUGAGUUUUAUUAUACUACGUGCUAAAGAUCUUAAUAAUAAUCGCAGUGAAACAGACCCAGUCGCUAAAGUAUGCGUGGAGCUAAAGAAUCGCAUUCUCACUAAACUGAAAACUAAAAAGAAAUCAAACAGCACUAAUCCGAUAUUCAACGAGGCAGUUUCCUGUACUGUAGGCAUGGAGAACAUUAGAGAUAUCAAGAUAACAGUCCUGAUAUACAACGAAAAUAAACACAGCCGCUUACGGGAGCUGGGUAUGAUAAGACUAGGCCCUGACUCAACCGGCGAUCAGUUGAGGCAUUGGAAUGAUGUCAUCACAGCUCCUGGAAAACACAUAGCCGAAUGGCACAACCUCCACUAGUGACAAAAACAACAAUAAAAAUAACAAUACUACUAGUGUAAUGUAUAGUAAUUGUUUUAUUUCUUUUACAAAUUAAAUUACAUGCAAACACACCUUUUGCAAAUUAUAAGGAGAUAUUUGGUAGUUGAAUUAUGAAA